AUGUCGUUUCGUACUCUGAGAAUUGGUCUGAUCCCCGGUGACGGUAUCGGCAAGGAAGUCAUUCCUGCCGGCCGCCGAAUCCUCGAAGCUCUCCCGGCUUCCCUCAACCUCAAGUUCGACUUUGUCGACCUCAAGGCCGGCUUCGAGACCUUCGAGCAGACCGGGGCGGCUCUUCCUGACAAGACCGUCGAGGUCCUCAAGAGCGAGUGCGAUGGCGCCCUCUUCGGUGCCGUGAGCUCCCCCACCCAGGCCGUCAAGGGCUACUCCUCCCCGAUUGUCGCCCUGCGCAAGAAGCUCGACCUGUACGCCAACGUCCGACCCGUCAAGUCCGUCGGGACGGCCAUCAAGCCCAUUGACAUGGUCAUUGUCCGCGAGAACACCGAGGACCUCUACGUCAAGGACGAGAGGACCUUUGACGGCCCCAAUGGCAAGGUUGCCGAGGCCAUCAAGCGCAUUUCCGACCGCGCCUCCUUCCGCAUCGCCUCCAUGGCCGGCGACAUCGCCGUGCGCCGCCAGAAGCUCCGUGAGGCCGGCUCCCCCAGCAUCCACAAGUCCCCCCUCGUCACCAUCACCCACAAGUCCAACGUCCUCUCCCAGACCGACGGCCUCUUCCGCGCCGCCUCCAAGCGAGCCCUCGCCGACGCCAAGUACAGCGGUGUCACCGUCGAGGAGCAGAUCGUCGACUCCAUGGUCUACAAGCUCUUCCGCCAGCCCGAGGACUACGACGUCAUCGUGGCGCCCAACCUGUACGGCGACAUCCUCUCCGAUGGCGCCGCCGCCCUCGUCGGCAGCCUGGGCCUCGUCCCCAGCGCCAACGUCGGCGAGGGCUUCGCCAUCGGCGAGCCCUGCCACGGCAGCGCCCCGGACAUCCAGGGCCAGGGCAUCGCCAACCCCAUCGCCACCCUGAGGAGCACCGCCCUCAUGCUCGAGUUCCUCAACGAGCCCGAGGCCGCCGCCAAGAUCUACGCCGCCGUCGACGCCAACCUCGAGGAGGGCAAGCUCCUUAGCCCUGAUCUUGGUGGUAAGGCCACCACCGAGCAGGUCGUCGAGGACAUCCUCAACAAGCUGUGA